UGUGUGGAAAAUAAACUAUUUUAUAUAAUCAGUCACCCAUUUGGAAGCAUCACGAGCAGUUCCAGUUCGCUGCAGUUCUGCAUAGUUACAUUUCUCAUAGAAAAAGAAAAUAUAACAAAAUAAUGGAUAAACUGAUCGAGGAGGAAGCCUCUCCAUCGUCAUCGGAGCAUGGAUCUGGACGUUCGACGCCUUCCUAUGAGUUCCAGAUGGAUAAAUUGCUGGCGGAUGUGGACUCGACGGAUUCUGAGUCGCCGUUCUUCUUUCAGUCGCCAUUCCCGACGUUGCCCCUAUACGACAUGAACUUUGACAAAUUUCCCUAUUGCAAGCCGUGUCCCUUUGCCAACGAUGAGCAGGCCUUGGAGGAGCUAAAUGGCUGUGAUUACACUCAGCGCAUCACCUACGAGAUGGCAAACUCCGGACAGUCGAAGCGUCGAGUGCGCGUCUAUGCUGAUGGCAUCUACGACCUGUUCCAUCAGGGCCAUGCCAGGCAGCUGAUGCAGGCCAAGAAUAUCUUUCCCAAUGUCUAUUUAAUAGUGGGAGUGUGCAACGAUGAGCUGACACUGAAAAUGAAGGGGCGCACUGUGAUGAAUGGAUUUGAGCGCUACGAGGCAGUGCGCCAUUGCCGCUACGUGGAUGAGGUUGUUCCGAAUGCACCGUGGACACUCACCGAUGAUUUUCUCACUGAACACAAAAUAGAUUUUGUGGCACACGAUGACAUUCCAUACGGUGCUGGUGGCUGUGAUGAUAUUUAUGCUCCGCUCAAGGCUCGCGGCAUGUUUGUGGCCACCGAACGCACUGAGGGUGUGUCCACCUCGGACGUUGUGGCUCGCAUCGUCAAGGACUACGAUGUCUAUGUGCGCCGCAAUCUGGCACGCGGAUAUUCCGCCAAGGAGCUGAACGUUUCCUUUCUCUCCGAGAAGAAAUUCCGGCUGCAGAAUAAAAUGGAUGAACUGAAGGAUCGUGGCAAGCGUGUCAAAGUCGACAUCAUUGCCAAGUGGGAGGAAAAGUCGCGCGAGUUUAUCGAUGCAUUCCUACAGGCCUUCGGCAGUGAUCGUCUGCACUCGUUCUGGAACGAGUCAAAGGGCAAAAUAAUGAGCGCCUGGAGUUCCACAGCAUCAAUUAAUAUCGACGAUCCAGCGACAAUGCAUUCCCCGGACGGCAGCGAUUCCAACGACGAGUAUGAAGAGACCCAUUCGGCGGCCGAGAGUGACAGUGGCAUUGCUCCACGCAGGCAUGGCUCUGCUGCGGUGCAGCUGGCCAAUCUGAACCGUUCCAGCAGCUACCCACAAGUAGAAAUGGGUUCCACGAGAACCCCACCACAGGGAUACGAUUUAUUGAAGCCUAAAAAUGUUUAAA